GCGCUGCUGAGUUGAAGCGCAACAGCCCGGAGAGCGCAGCAGCGACUUCACCGCUGCAACUUUGAUGACAGGGUUUUUUGGAGCCGUCGAUGAGCGCGUUUGAAGUGCCUUGCUGGUGAAGACACGGGAGUCGAGUCUCGACCUGCGGUUCCCUCUGUGCCAGUCGGAUCAAAAUGAAACUCCUGAUUUGUGUGAUAGCUGUCGUCCUGGCUGUGAGAUCUGCGCACGGAGGUGCCAAAUUUGACGGACCAUGUGCAGGUUUGGACUGUAGCGGUGGAUGCAAGUGCAACCCCGAGAAAGGCAGCAGGGGUCGUCCUGGGCCUCUUGGGGAGGUUGGCCAGCCUGGAAUAGAGGGAGCACGAGGGGGUCCAGGGCCUCAAGGACCUAAAGGAGAGAAGGGCCACAUCGGACUGAAAGGACCAUCUGGGCCCAAAGGAGACAAAGGACCGAUGGGAGUGCCAGGGUUCCAAGGAAAUGACGGAGUGCCUGGUCACCCCGGUCAGGAAGGUGGCAGAGGACCUCCAGGACUGGACGGUUGUAAUGGGACAAGAGGAGAACCUGGAGACUCCGGCUUUGGAAUCGGAGUACCUGGAAGUCCUGGAUAUGCUGGACCUACUGGGCCAAAAGGUCAGAAAGGAGAGCCGCGAUACGUCUCAGUGGACGGGUUUGGAAGUAUUCCAGGAUCCCCAGGACAAUCAGGCCAACCUGGUAUCAGAGGUCCUGAAGGUCCGUCUGGUUUCCCUGGUCCAAGGGGCCCCGAUGGUUAUCCUGGCCCACCUGGUCCUCCCGGUCUCCCAGGGCCUAUGGGGAGUCGUAGUGACGGAUACGAAGGAGAGAAAGGAGACAAGGGCGACGUGGGUCUUCCUGGACCCAGUGGUACUCCCGGCGACGGGUCGUUAACAAGCGAACAAACUCUCACUAUCUACAAAGGAGAUAAGGGUGAACCUGGCCCAAAGGGCUUUAGAGGAUUUCCCGGUAGUCCUGGUAGACCUGGACCUUUUGGCUAUCGUGGAGAACCUGGAGAGAAGGGCAUUCCCGGAUACCCUGGUGGAAGAGGCCUUCCUGGUUUUAAUGGAGCUCCAGGUGUUCCAGGACAACAGGGAUUACGAGGUACCCCAGGAUACUCAGGCCAACCAGGAUACAUCGGACCCAAGGGAGACCAGGGAGAUCAAGGACCACCAGGACCUCCUGCUUACAUUAGUGAUUAUGGCUCUUCGGUUCAAGGGCUACAAGGGACCCCAGGUCUGAGUGGCUUGCCCGGGGCCCCUGGUGACCAAGGACCUCCAGGAUUUCAAGGACCACCAGGCCCACCUGGAAUUGGUGGUUUUGGUUCAGGUCGACCUGGAGCCCCAGGUUUCCCCGGUACCCCAGGCCCAAAAGGAGAGAAAGGUAGUCCAGGCAUACCUAGCUAUGGCGCAGAAGGACUACCUGGUUCCCCUGGACUUCCAGGACCUCCUGGACCUCCCGGCCCGCAGGGCCCUACCAGUUCACCUGAUGGUCCCCCUACUAGUUACCCAGGAGUGCCUGGGCAGCCUGGCCCCAGAGGGGAGCCGGGUAACACAGGAUUCAAAGGCAUCAGAGGUGAGCCUGGCGACUGUGCCUGCCUAGGAGGCGGCAUCCCUGGUUUGCCUGGUUUGCCUGGAGCCCCAGGAAUCAAUGGCAGCCCUGGGUUUCCUGGUCGAAAGGGGGAACCUGGUGACACUGGCUCUCCUGGCUUCAAUGGUGUUCAGGGACCUCCUGGUCGGGCUGGAGAGAGGGGUUACUUUGGUCGUAAAGGUGAGAAGGGAGCACCAUACUUCCCCACCCUUGGUUUGGGGGUGAAAGGAGAGAUUGGUUCUCCUGGACCUAGAGGACCAAUUGGUGAAACUGGAAAACCAGGCAGAGAUGGACUUCCUGGUUUUCCCGGUGCACCUGGACCCCCAGGCGAUGCCGGCUAUGGAACAGUUGGGGAGAAAGGUUUUCCAGGGUUUCCAGGGGCCAAAGGUCUUCCUGGUGGUCCUGGUGAGCCUGGCAUUGGCUAUCUUGGAACACCAGGCUUCCGUGGAGCUGAUGGAGAACCUGGCAUACCUGGAUUACCAGGGCCACCAGGUUUACCUGGGCCAAGAGGUGAAACCGGCUGUGGAGGGGUUAAUGACGCCGGAGAGGGAACGGGCCAAGUGCUGCCUUGCACCAUUCCUGGUGAGGAUGGAGACCCCGGUGUCCCUGGUAUACCGGGACGACCAGGUUCUAAAGGUCAACCAGGUCAGCCAGGAGGCCCUGGACGUCCAGGGUUCGAUGGUGCUAAAGGAGAGAGAGGAGACCCUGGUUUUGGUGGCCAACCUGGACCUCAAGGUUUCCCAGGACCCAGAGGAGAUUCCGGAAUUCCAGGUACCCCAGGAAGGUCGUUUGAAGGAGGUCGAGGCAAGGAUGGAGUUCCUGGGCGUCCUGGAGCCAAGGGCCAGCCUGGAGAGGUGCUAGGAGCCACACCUGGAGCUCCUGGACGGGACGGUUUGCCUGGAUUAUCAGGAGACAAGGGCCAGCCUGGGACACCUGGAGGACCUGGAUUACCUGGUGGUGACGGUCGCUUUGGUAUUCCUGGACAGAAGGGAGAGCGAGGCGGUGAUGGUUUUCCAGGUAUCCCAGGUCUUCCAGGACCCCCAGGUGAGCCGACCGGUGGUAUUACUGGUCCGCCUGGAGCCCGUGGAAACCCAGGACUGAGUGGACCACCAGGCUGCUCAGGUUUCCCUGGUCGCAAGGGAGACAGAGGAGAUCCAGGUUUUCCGGGACCUGCUGGGAUGAAGGGAACCCCAGGACUUCCCGGCACCCCUGGAACACCAGGGCCAGUAGGACCCCCAGGUCCCCCAGGACCAGGAACCAGGGAGGGAAUCCCCGGCAUACCAGGACCUAAGGGUGAGAGGGGUUUCCCAGGACUGAUGGGUUUCCCAGGUCUUCCAGGCCGUCCUGGAUCUCCAGGGUUUCCCGGAGGAAAAGGAGCUGCUGGAGGCCCUGGACGAGACGGAUUCUUGGGUGGCCCAGGAUUUCCUGGACUGAAAGGUGACAGAGGAUACCCCGGCCUCCCUGGCCUGCCCUCACCUCCAUAUAGAUCUGAGUUUGUCGAGAAAGGAGCACUUGGGACCCCUGGUGUCAAUGGCGUUCCUGGCUUUACAGGACCCAGAGGCGACAAAGGUCUGCCAGGUCUGCCUGGUCGUCAGGGUCUGCCUGGACUUCCAGGUUUUGCUGAGCAGAGUAAAGGACAGCCAGGACAGCCUGGGUUUCCUGGAAGACCAGGAAGUCCAGGCUUCCCUGGACCAAAGGGAGAAGGUGGAAUCAUGGGAUUCCCUGGCAUGACUGGACCAAGGGGUGAUGAUGGUGCACCUGGUCUUCCUGGAAACCCUGGUGAAUUUGGCCGUCCUGGUGGCAAAGGUCAACCCGGAGAUACUUUUGGUUAUCCAGGAGGUCCUGGAGCCAAAGGCCAGCCAGGAGAUGCAGGCUACCCAGGCGGCCGUGGCAAUGAUGGCGCUCCCGGUGACAACGGUUUUCCAGGAAGUCCAGGUUUCUCUGCAGCAAAGGGAGCUCCUGGUGAAGGAGGACGACCUGGUAUAAACGGCUCUCCUGGAUUCCCUGGACCAAAAGGCCAGCAAGGCUUCCCAGGAAGUCGUGGGCCAGAUGGGUCUCCUGGACUCCCUGGGGGUCCUGGAGGUCCUGGAGCCAAAGGUUUGCCCGGGCCCCCUGGUUUGGAUGGACUUAAUGGACUUGGUGGACCUAAAGGCCUUCCUGGAACCCCAGGUGGGAGUGCAGGUGGACGCCCAGGUGCUCCAGGUACUCAAGGCCAGAAGGGAGAGAGAGGGGUCUCCUUCCCUGGAGGUCCAGGCUUCCCUGGACCAAAGGGAGAGAGAGGAGAUUCAGGUGGUCAGGGACUCCCAGGAUUCCCUGGACGACCAGGACUUCCUGGUCCAACUGUGGGGUCGGAUGUUCCUGGACCUUUGGGGGACCCCGGUCUUCCUGGACUUGAUGGAGAAUAUGGUUUCCAAGGCCCUCCAGGUCCUCCAGGGCCUCCUGGUCCAGGCUCUAUACAGGGAGACAGAGGAGAUGGCGGUCUCCCAGGCUUCCCUGGGUCUCCUGGCAAGAAAGGAGAACCAGGCCUCAAUGGAGGCCCUGGGCUCUCUGGCAGUCCAGGUUUUAAAGGAGAACGAGGUGAAACCGGCUUCAGCGGAGGCCCUGGUCUCAAAGGCUUUUCUGGUGACUCUGGAUACUAUGGAAACAAAGGAGCAAAGGGACUAAGAGGGCGUCCCGGUCGCAAAGGCAUUCCAGGAAUCACGCUGAAUGUGCCACCGCCAGAAUUCCGGCCCUUCGGAGAAGUGGGCUUCCCCGGUGAAAAUGGACUCCCUGGUGGCUCUGGAGAUUCCGGUCAGCCAGGACUACCUGGACGCUCAGGACCCAAAGGCCGUCCAGGCUCUGUUGGCAAACUUGGCAGGACUGGAUCUCCUGGUCUGCCAGGAUUUGUCGGUGACCCUGGACCUCCAGGUUUCCCUGGACCCACUGGAGAACAAGGUCUUCCAGGUAAAGCUGGUCUUCCCGGUUCCCCUGGCAGCGUUGGCCGCAGUUUCAGCAUCGGCUACACUCUGGUGAAGCACAGUCAGGACUCCCGGGUGCCCAUGUGUCCUCAGGGCAUGGCUAAGCUUUGGGAUGGGUACAGUCUGCUCUAUGUGGAGGGGCAGGAGAAGGCCCACAACCAGGAUCUGGGUCAGCCAGGAUCAUGCCUCCCCAGGUUCAGUACCAUCCCCUUCCUCUACUGCUCCCCCAAUGAGGUCUGCUACUAUGCCAGUCGCAAUGACAAAUCCUAUUGGCUCUCCACAACUGCUCCAAUUCCCAUGAUGCCUGUGGCUGAGGAGCAGAUACGCCCUUACAUCAGCAGGUGUUCUGUAUGUGAGGCUCCAUCUCAGGCUGUGGCGGUCCACAGUCAGGACUUGACCAUCCCCAACUGUCCCCCCGGCUGGAGAAGUCUCUGGAUUGGAUACUCUUUCCUCAUGCACACAGCAGCUGGUGCAGAAGGCGGUGGUCAGUCCCUGGUGUCCCCAGGCUCCUGCCUUGAGGAUUUCCGUGCCACACCAUUCAUCGAGUGCAACGGAGCCAAAGGAACCUGCCACUACUUCGCCAACAAGUACAGCUUCUGGCUCACCACUGUAGACCCCGGCCUGGAGUUUGUCUAUUCGCCAGCACAGGAGACCCUGAAGGGAGGUCAGGAGCGCUCCAAAGUCAGCCGAUGCCAAGUCUGCAGCAAGAUUUUGUAGUAGGAGGAGGGAAACAUCAGGAGGUGAUGAAAACACCUUCAACAAGACAAGAAAGGUGGCGUUGAUUUAUAAGGAAAUCCAUAAAAAAAGAACAUAUGACUGACUGAAAAUGAGCCCCUCUCCUGCUUCACUGAUGUACCAGAAAUCAGUUUUUGAUCCGCUUUAGGAAUGAAUGGCUUGUUUAUUAUACAAAAAGAAGAGCUGGAGGGAGAAAAUGAAAGAAGAGAAGGGCUGCAGAGUGAACGCUCUUCUCUAGAUUAUCACUGACAAUGGUGCUAUUGUUUAUGUUCUAUGUUUAUUUUGUGUCUGUUUUCUCGUUACGGUUUUUGGCGAGAAUCAUUCUCGGCUACCUCGGAGAGUGCCACCCCCUUUGGAAAGCACUGCACCGCUUACACACCAGAGCUGGACGUCUGCUUCAGAUAAGUCAGUUCAGAAAGUAAAGUUAUUUGGAAAGGCUGAAUAAAUACAUAAACUAUAUGUAGCUCAUAUGACUUUACCCAGCCAUCUAUGCAUUGAAGCCCUAAAAAAGCCCAUUUGUUCCUUUGGAGACCUGGAGACAAAGGAGUCCAUAUUUUUGUGAGUUUAGAGCUGGAAAGGGUUAUUACAAGCAAAAUAAUCAGCUAAUGUCCAAGCUAUAUAGCCCAUUCUUUUAUGUUUACAGUGGGUAAAGGGACGAAAAAAAGGAACUUUCAGAAUUCCUUAUAAUGGUAGUAAAAUGAAUGCUAAUUUUGACUAGCUAAAAGUCCUUAAUAAAACUACAAUAAACAAAGAAAACGCUCAAGUUUAGCAGUGAGUUACAAAACCCUUAGUCAGUAGCUAACGCUAGCAUGAGUAGGGUUAGCAAGGCCUAUGCAAAAUUCCUUUAAACAAUGAUUUUAAACAGAAUACUAAGUUUGGCUAGCUUAAAAGCUAUUCAUAAAAAUUGCAAGUACAGAAAGAAAAUGCUAAGUUACAGUUUGUUUCAUGGACUGAGUAACCAACUCUUUUUCAUUAGCUCACACUAGCACAUCAGUAGGGUUAGCAAGGCCCAUUCAAAAUACCAGGAACAAUAUUUCAAAGAAUGCUAAUUUUGGCUAGAUAAAAAACAUUGAUUAAACUCUGAAAGAAAGAAAACCCUCAGACUAAGCAUCUGCUUUUGAGGUCAUUUAGAAAACUCUUUGUCAUUAGCCAAUGCUAGUAUCAGUAGGGUUUGCAUGCGAGGCCUGUUUUGACGUCCUUGUAAGAAAGAUAUUAAACUGAAUGCAAGUUAUGACUAGCUUAAAGCUACUUGUUAACCUGAAAGUAAAGAAAGAAAAUGUCAAGGUCAUUAGUUGUUUUCUAGACUGAGUAUCCAACACUUUUAAUUAGCUAACACUAGCAUAAGUGUUAACAAAAGCAGCGUUAGCAAAAGCCUCUUUGAGUGAAUAUAAUGCUACUUUCAGCUAGCUAAAAAGUCAUAAAUAAAGGGGAGUAAAUAAAGAAAAUGCUUAAGUUUAGAAGUAUGUUUUUUGGAGUGCGUUACAAUGGAUUCUGGCUGGUGCUAGCCCAGGAAGGAUUUCACAAAGCCCAUUCUUAUUUUACAGUAGCAGUGAUAUAAAAGAAAAUGCCAGACAAAAAAAAACCCUAGAAUAAUGAACAGUUGACUUCCAAGUGUAUUGUAGUGAAAACUAAAACAGAGACAUGCUUUACCAGUUAGCCAUGGUGGCUACUUGCCAGUCUAAACUAUGACAUUUUGUUAACUGAGAAGGCUAUAACCUAGAAAUUGGGACAUAUUCAGCUAAUUUUUACUUAUAGAAAAUCAAUCUAAAGCACUUUGGAUUUGUGUCACUUGUCAGACCAGGAGGCUAAGUCACCUUUUUUAUGGUCUGUGAUUUUAAUCCAAAGUCUUGAUGGUGGAGAAUGACGUCUCCUUUUUGUGGCUGGCCUAUCUGAAGUAGAUUUCUAUCAGAGCUGGUUCAAAAACACAAUUUUUGUGAAACAGCCGCCAAAAAAUCUGCUUUUUUUGUAUUUUCAGCUUACUACAACCACUUAAACUGUAACAAUGACUAUACUUGUUUAGGCUUUGUACAUGUUAAAUCACCAGUGCAGUCAUUACCAUGCAUGUUUCAUAUGAUCUCUGUAAAUUAUGGUGCUACAAUACCCUGACAGUUGACUUGAAAGGCAAUAUUUACAGUAAGUUCUGCAUAAAAUGCAUGCAUAAGAAUGGCUGAGCAAUAAAUCUCCUCAUAAACAUUACAGUCAAACUUUUGCAGCAUCAAACUGUAUUAUUACACAACCUGACUGAGGCCACUCAUUCAUAUAGAUAUUGCACUGAUGUAACCUCAGAUUGGUUCUAUCAAUAAAUAGUAAUAAUUAAUGUCAAAUUAAAGGGUAAACCCAUUCACAGUUCCACCUCUGCUGACUUAAUUUGUAUGUAGUGACCAAAAUAGUGUCUUAUUUUUUCAAAAUCACAAUAAAAAAACUCGCUUUCAUUCAGUUUUAAACCAAGCACACUCUCUCUGUUAGGUUGUUAAUUUUUGCUGUAUAUAGAUAGCGCUUACGGGAUUUCCCAGCAGCGUAUGCUAGAGAAAAAGUCUGCCAUUUGUUUUAUUUUCUUUUUUUCUGACUAUGUGUCUUUUCUCUGUCGCUGGAUAUAAAAGGAGGAAGAGUUUGCUCAUUCUACAUCAGAACUGAUCACUUUUUACAUAGCUGGUUUUAAAUGGAGUUAAUUGGUUGAACUUUAACCUCCUUUUUGAUAAUCCUUGUGCAGUGAAAGCUACUGGGUGACUUGUAACCACUAAGACCACUUUGUUGAGCACAUAGCUCUGUUUCUCUGCUGGUAGCCCUGAUUUUGUGUCUCAUUUUACUUAUUUUGUUUUUUAUUUUAUUUCCCCUUCUUUCUUUGUCUUCCUUUGUCUUUUUGUAAUCUAGAUUGUAAUUAUUUUACUUAAGUCACGAUACUAUCCCCUGGUUUUAUUUACUGCAAUGGGAGGGAAUGGGAAGAUAAUGAUGUGUACAUUAAAUAUUAUUGGGUACAAUGCCUUUAGGACAAUGUUUUUAUAUGGAAAAUAUAUUCUAUUGCUGAUGGUUUUACAGAUAGAAUAACAGGAUGAAUGUCCAUUUGGUCUUAUCGCAUAUUUCAUGCAGUGACAAGAGCCUGGAGUUGAGUUUUUGACAUAAAAGAAAUUCAGUUUUCCUCAAAGAGGAUCCAUAACAAAAGAAAGAAAGAUGUCAUAAGAUGUUGGAUACUGUUACAUGUAUUUUUAUGCUCACACACUUUGAA